GCAGUUUACAUACAGUUGAAGACUCUGCCAGAACAAUGACGGCCACAAUUAUUCCAGUGAUUUUGUUAAUAGCUUGCAAUUCCGUUUUCGGAAUCCACGGAUCGGUUAAAAAUGGCGAUGGCAAAAUGGACGUUUUCGAAUUGCCCAACGACAUCGGUCCAGAGUCGUACGACUUAACCAUCAACCCGAUCUUCACAAACUUUACGUUCCAAGGCGAUGUAACCAUUGUCAUUGUCAUUAAGGCACACAGUACAAAAGUCAUCACUUUGAAUUCGAAAGAUCUUAGCAUCGUCAACGUCUCGGUUAGCGAUGUACAGUCAAGUCGGCCCAUAUCCGUGGCCAACAUAGUGGAGGUGCCCAAAAACGAACAACUCGAAAUCCACGUCAAGGAACAUUUGGUGAGCGGUCUAAAGUACGUUUUGAAAAUUUCUUUUGCCGGAAAACUCCGGGACGAUAAGACGGGAUUCUACAAGAGCUCUCACAUCUACGAAAGGAAAGACACUAGAUGGUCGGCCAUAACGCAUUUUUAUCCGAAAUAUGCCAGGCGUGCAUUCCCGUGUUUCGACGAACCCUCUAUAAAAGUUCCAUUCAAGAUAUCGGUAAUGAGGGAAUACUACCAAAGAGCAUCAUCCAACAUGCCGCUGAGCAAGACCGAUUAUUAUGGAGAUUGUGUCGGACGUAAAUGCGACCCGGGCAGUAAAGUGUACGAUCGUUUUGAAACGACUCCUCCAAUUUCCACCAACUUAGUAUCGUUUUACGUGGGCGAAUUUCCAAGAGGUUGACAAGGCAUCCAGCACAAUACACUAACAUUUUAUUCAUUUUUAGCAAAAUAAUAUUAUAUUAUAUUUUUUCCUUUCAAUUUGUAAACUGAAAUGAUAUUUUUUGUUUUUGUUUUAAUAACAAUAGGUAAUAUUUUCUAAAAACGCUAACUAUUAUUUUCACCAAAAUAUACAAAAUUUAAUAAUUGCA